AUGGGGCACAAGAGGAACCAGCAAUAUAGGAGACCCAAAAAGGGCAAAAAAAAAAACAAGAAGAAUACCAAGAAUUCUAGGAAGAAGAAGCAGAAAUAUCAAAAAAAGAAUAUUGUUCAAGAAUUCGUCCAAAAAGUUACCCCAGUAGUUAUUCCAAAGCUAUUCCAGAAGCUAUUCCAGAAGCUAUUCCAGAAGCUAUUUCAGAAGCUAUUCCAGAAGCUAUUUCAGAAGCUAUUCCAGAACCUAUUUCAGAACCUAUUUCAGAACCUAUUCCAGAAGCUAUUUCAGAACCUAUUUCAGAACCUAUUUCAGAACCUAUUUCAGAACCUAUUUCAGAACCUAUUUCAGAACCUAUUUCAGAACCUAUUUCAGAACCUAUUCCAGAACCUAUUUCAGAACCUAUUCCAGAACCUAUUUCAGAACCUAUUUCAGAACCUAUUUCAGAAGCUAUUCCAGAACCUAUUUCAGAACCUAUUUCAGAACCUAUUUCAGAACCUAUUCCAAACAGAUGUAGAGAGAGCUGCCAGAGUAGAUGAUGCGCCAGGAGAUCAACUGGACGCAGAUCUAAAAGCUGCAAGUGAGUCGGUUGCUGUUGAAAAAGAUCAAGAGAAUGUCCUCAGUGUUGUUGAGCCACCUGUUCCUACAGUUUAUUCCAUUCCCUCAGUGGUGGAGAGUUCAGAAGAAGAGUUGGAAAGUGUGGUAGUUACGAAUUUGAGUAGUCCUCGAAAUAGAGAAGAAAACGAAAUCGAGAAAGAAAUCGAUUUAUUGGAAAACUGCGUCGAGGGAUCUAUUGAACAGGGCUUGGAAGUGAUGCCCAAUGCUGAAAGAGAAGAUUUUGUGCAAAUGGUAAAAUGCAUGAAAAAUAGAAUUCAGGGAAAAUUGAUGCAUUUUAUGACGCUGUUUAAGGAGAGUUGGGCAAGAAAUGCAAAAAGCGUAUUAGAUUUGUCCAAGUUUAUUUCAUAUGACCAAGUGGAAUGUGUGCAAGAUCUGAUGAGUUGUAUAGAACAUACUUUGGAGCACAUUAGUCAGCAGUUUGAACCUGCUUCGCCUGCUUCAGGGGAACGCCUUGAGUUGCUGCCAAAAGGCACCACUGAAUGCACGGUUGAUAGUAAAGAACUGUUGGCCAGGGAUGUGGAAGAGUACGAUUUGAAAGGUGUUAGAGCGCUUUUCAAAGAGUCUGUGGAAGCCACAAAGGACUUGGCGAAUUUGUUGUUGAAGGACUAUGCAGUGUGCGAUUUGAAAGGUGUUAGAGCGCUUUUCAAAGAGUCUGCAGAAUCCAAAAAGAACUUGACGAAUGUGUUGUUGAAGGACUAUGCAGUGUGCGAUUUGAAAGGUGUUAGAGCGCUUUUCAGAGAGGCUGCAGAAUCCACAAAGGACUUGACGAAUGUGUUGUUAAAGGACUAUGCAGUGUGCGAUUUGAAAGGUGUUAGAGCGCUUUUCAAAGAGUCUGCGGAAUCCACAAAGGACUUUGCGAAUGUGUUGUCGAAAGACUAUGCAGUGUAUGAUUUGAAAGGUGUUAGAGCGCUUUUCAAAGAGUCUGCAGAAUCCAAAAAGGACUUGACGAAUGUGUUGUUAAAGGACUAUGCAGUGUACGAUUUGAAGGGUGUUAGAGCGCUUUUCAGAGAGGCUGCAGAAUCCACAAAGGAAUUGACGAAUGUGUUGUUAAAGGACUAUGCAGUGUGCGAUUUGAAAGGUGUUAGAGCGCUUUUCAAAGAGCCUGCGGAAUCCACAAAGGACUUUGCGAAUGUGUUGUCGAAGGACUAUGCAGAAUGCGAUUUGAAAAGUGUUAGAGCGCUUUUCAGAGAGGCUGCAGAGUUGUUGGAGGUUGUAAAUGAGGAACCCCGUAGUGUUCUUUAUUUACCUCAUUCAAAGGGAUUUUCUACUUGUUUCUGGAAAACACGGUACUGCGAGGUGAGAAACAUCUGCCAAACAUCGUACUAUGGUGUUUUUCAGUACAUUCAUGGUAGAAAGUACGACAUGCACAGGUCGCUUUGUAAUGUAAAGAUGGAAUAUAAUUUUGAUAGAGGACUAGUUAAGAGGACGAAGGCUGUUUACACGAUCACAGUGAGGAGGGGCAAAGAGAAAAUAACGAAGAGAGCAAGUGCAGAAGUAAUGAAAGGGCCAUAUUUUUCCAGGGAAAAGAGCAUGGUAAUAGAGGACUGUGGUGCUGAUUGCGGAAUUGUGAGUAAGAUCCAAAGUGAAAGCGGAAAUGGAAGUGGAAACGGAAGUGGAUGCAGAAGCGGAAACAUGCGUGGAUGUGACUACGUGCAGGGAAGCGGAAGCGUUUGUGGAAGCAGGAAUGCACGUGGAAGCGGAAAUGUGUACCGAAGCGGAUGCAGAAAUGGAAGUGGAAACGGACGUGGAAGUGGAAGCGGAGGUGGAGACAAACGAGGAAACAAUAACCAAGGAGAUGGUCCUUCGGGUGGAGAAAAUUCCUCUUCGGAUGAUCAAGGUCAUGCAGAUGAUGAGCAAUCAUCAAGUGAAGAUGACCAAUCAGAUGAAGAAAAGGAAAAAUGGAAAAGGAAGGGUGGUCAGAAGAAUGGUGAAAGGAAAGUAGAGAAAAAGAUGAGCAGAGGUCGCUCUGGUUUUGUGCUGCCCUGGAGCUCUUCCGGAAAAGCUGGUGAGGAAAGCUUAAAAAGAGAGGACGAUACGGGUAACAGUCAGUAUAGGAUGCCUUGGGAAAGAUGUGCCGAGAAGAAAGAUGUUGUUAUGCCCUCCAAAGGUGAAGAGACCUAUGUGCGCAACAGUUUUAGAGGAAAUAGGCGGGACAGGGGUGUAAAGCGAGAAGAAGAGAGUCUAAAAAGGGAGGACGACUUUAAAAGGGAAGAUUGCCAGGAUGCCACUGGUGAUGUUGCACCGUGGUACGCGAGUAUUGAGAGUGAGCGUAGUGGUUCAAAAGGGAGCCACGAAAAAAGAAGUAGCUCAUUGUUGAUACUAGCGCGUAGGAUCCAAAAGAAUAACGGUACAGGUGAAUCGAAUGAGGGAAAUGGGACAGGUAGUUUGUUUGACGGUGUUGAUUUAGGCAAUCUUGCAGUUGCAGCUGCACAGAGUGUCGGAAAUCAGCUGGGUCAGAGGGGUGCAGCAAUUAAUGACGCACAGCCUGGUAACAGCGGUAGUGGAAGCAGUGAUGAUGGGAAUUCCGAUGUAAGCACUCAUAUUGAUGAGGAAAGUAAUGACAGCGAAAGGAUCCCGGAACCAGAUAAUGAACACAAUGGUGAGACACAACACACAGAUGCUAGUGAAAAGGGAGAAACAACUAUAACCCCUGAUGAAAGUGACUUAGAGAAAGAGACUGUGCAUAUGAAGAAAGUGCUGAUAGGGAAUUAUAGAGAAAGAAAUGCAUAUGUUAUGAACCGAAUGCGUGACACAUCAGAAUAUAUGCUCCCAAAAGUAAAUGAAAUGCCUGAGGACAGAAAGCUUAACAAGAUUAGAAACAUGUAUAACCGUCGUCCAAAUGUAGCAGGUAGAAGAAAGUAUAGAAAGUAUGCAGACAAAGAAGGGGGCAAGAAUUGGAAAGAAAUUUCACGUGUUCUAAAAUAUGCAGAAGGUAUUGUAUCGGAAUUUAUUUCAUGCUUCAAGAAAAACAAUAAAUUCAGCCGUGAGUACUCGACGAAAUAUUAUUAUGGAAAGAGAAUUCAAAGUGUAUUCCCAAAGUAUCGCUUCUCUGAGUGUAAGAAGGUGUUUACAUAUUUUGAAAGGAUGACAACGAAUCCCAUUAUUGAAAAGGAAAGAGACGAUUAUCUAGAAAGCGCAUUCGAAAUGUUCCAGUUGGACAGCAACGACGAUUCAUAUAUUGAAAUUAUAGAGUGGUGCAGAGAAGCUAUUUUAGAGGUUAUGAGGUCCAUAAGAGAAAAUAUAAGAGAUAUAGGAUCUGCUGAUAUGAAAAACAAAAUUAGAGAGUAUAGAGAGCGUUACCGAACAAGCACUGAGGAGGCAGAUGGUAUAUAUGCUGAAGAUCAUCCGUACAUUAUAGCUUUGAAAAAAAUCGAUGAUUGUUUCAGCGAACUUCAAGAUAGAAUGUUGAAAGCGCAUAAGUUUGUGAAUUUUUACGAUUAUAAAAUGGACAGAAUUGUUAGGACCUACACAUCUCAGUUGAGCUACAGUUACAGAUUUGUACAUUAUUGGCUUCAUAUAUUGACAAGAUUAUUUACUGAUGUGCCUCAAGUGUGGAAUUUGCCAGGAGAAUUUCCUUCCCACGUGUUUGAAAGUUGUCAAGAAAAGAAGAAAGUGGUAGUGGUGCGAUUGAAGUUAGUACAAAUGAUGAAGAAAUUUAAGAGAUGUGUUGAAGACGGGAGCUACAAGCCUCAUACCUACAAAGAGAUGGAGACAGUUCGUGACGCAUACAAUAUUUAUAAGUACACCAAAAUAUUUUAUGAUCAGUUAUGUGAAGGGCUUAGAAUUCUUUCCGGGCGUGAGAUUCAUGGGGUGCAGGACGUAUAUAAUGAAAUUUGCGCACCGGGAUUUAACUUAGAGCCUUCAAAUAGCAUUGUGCAUUCUGCAAACCGCAUUAUUCGACGUAUUGGGUCGACGAACCCGUCCGAGUGGCCAACUGAUGACCAGGCGCUAAAUCUGCUUGGAGAAGCCGACGAAGAGAAUGACAACACUGCAGCAAAUGGAAAUUUAGAAAGGGACAACGCAGCAGACGACGAAGAAGAAAGGGACAGCCCAGUAGAUGAGGAAGCACAGAACAAUGCUGACAACGGCAGUCGUUACGAUGGGAAUACGAGUGACUCCUCAUAUAUUUGCUAUGGGAAUAGACUAGAUACGAUAGAAGAUUCCACGAACUACUACAAUGGUAUGUUAUAUGGAUCCACGGAAAUUGAAGAUAGCAACGAUUAUGGGGCUGUUCCAUGCUUAAUGGAUAUUCCGAGACAAAUAGGCACAGAAGAACUAUCUCCAACAGUAGAAAAUGUAACACACGACAGUUCCAGAAUUGUUGUAGGGGAAGUUAUAAAUGAUGAAAAUGGUAAUGAUGUUGAGGUGGCUUUAGAGAAUGUCCAGGAAAAUUUAGAGAUCGUCACAGUCGUACCGAUGGAGGCUCCUUCAAGUAACAUAGAAUUUUUAGACCUCGUACUGGUAGAUACUGCUGAGAAUAACUCGACACUUUUGGCUCAAGAACCGGUGGCAUCUACUCAAAAUGGAUUCAUUUCUGCGCACCAAGAAUCAGUGGCUCCUGUUCAAACCCGGGGGGGUUUUGUGCAAGCUGCUGUGGGUGCUAUUCAUAACAGUUCCAACUUGCGUUCAGAAGAACAAGUGGAAUCUACUCAAAAUGGAUUCAUUUUUUCACCUCGAGAGCCAGUGGCAUCUACUCAAAAUGGAUUCAUUCUUCCAGCCCAAGAAUCGGCUGCACCUACUAAGAAUGGAUUCAUUUUUUCACCUCGAGAGCCAGUGGCAUCUACUCAAAAUGGAUUCAUUCUUCCAGCCCAAGAAUCGGCUGCACCUACUAAGAAUGGAUUCAUUUUUUCACCUCGAGAGCCAGUGGCAUUUACUCAAAAUGGAUUCAUUCUUCCAGCCCAAGAAUCGGCUGCACCUACUAAGAAUGGAUUCAUUUUUUCACCUCGAGAGCCAGUGGCAUUUACUCAAAAUGGAUUCAUUCUUCCAGCCCAAGAAUCGGCUGCACCUACUCAAAAUGGAUUCAUUUUUUCGCCCCGAGAACCAGUGGCAUCUACUCAAAAUGGAUUCAUUUUUCCAGCCCAAGAAUCGGCUGCACCUACUCAAAAUGGAUUCAUUUUUCCAGCCCAAGAAUCGGCUAAACCUAUUCAAAAUAGCUUCGCAUUUUCGCACCAAGAAUCAGUGGCUCCUGUUCAAACCCGGGGGGGUUUUGUGCAAGCUGCUGUGGGUGCUGUUCACAACAGUUCCAACUUUUAUUCACAAGAACCAGUGGUGUCUGUGCAGAAUCAUGGGGGUGUUUCUGUUCAGGAACCAACUUGGACUUCACAAAAUAGUGUAAAAUUUAUGGAACAAAGGAACAACGAAAGUGCUAGAAGUGAAAAUAUUCGUUCAUAUAAUGGAGCAGCCGAAAACACAAGAAAUGAUUUAAGUUUCUUCGCUCUCGCCCAAGCAUCAAACGAAGAUAGCAAUUUCUGUGGAAACAUGGGAACCUCACCGAGGAAAUUUGAAGAUAGUGAAACAGUGCAUGAAGAAAGAGGCAAUAAGAGACAAAGAGGCAGUUUCAACUUUAGCAAUGCUAUACAGACUGGGUAUAACAACUACAACCAAAAUGAUGAAGAGUUGCCAAGACCAAUGGCAAAUUAUCCCAGUAAUUAUGGCAUGUGCAGUGAGCAUUUACCCGAUUUUCCACAGAACAAAAGAAGUGCGUAUAUUCUGGAUCCAAGAGAAAACCACAGGUCUGACAACAUGUUCAAGAGCGAGUCAGCACAGGACCAGAAUAUGUAUAACAGCCGUACGGGCACAUGGGAAAAACCUAAAAGUGAAGACGCAUUUUUCAAGGGCGAGGUGCACGAAGAGAGCAACAAAAAUUUUUUCCAUUCUACUAAUCCUAUGAAGGAGUACAACUCUGAGCAGAUAAGCAUGCAAGACAACUUAUCACAACCACCUUUCACUAGCCAAAGCUACAACAACACCAACAACAUGGACGACAUAUCAUACCAUUCAAACUUUAGCACUGGCAACUUCAACAGUGACAACUCAUCACAACCACCUUUCUCUAGCCAAGCCAAUUUUGGCACAGGCAACUUCUACAAUGACAAUUUGUUCAAUAACCAAGAUCCGAUGAUAGGUCUCCAGAGCAAUAUGGACAAUUUGUCACAACCACCUUUCUCUAGCCAAGCCAAUUUUGGCACAGGCAACUUCUACAAUGACAAUUUGUUCAAUAACCAAGAUCCGAUGAUAGGUCUCCAGAGCAAUAUGGACAAUUUGUCACAACCACCUUUCUCUAGCCAAGCCAAUUUUGGCACAGGCAACUUCUACAAUGACAAUUUGUUCAAUAACCAAGACCCGAUGAUAGGUCUCCAGAGCAAUAUGGACAAUUUGUCACAAUCACCUUUCUCUAGCCAAAGCUACAACAACACCAACAACAUGGACGACACAUCAUACCAUUCAAACUUUAGCCAGGAUAACCUUAACAAUGGCAAUUUGUUUUAUGACAUAGACCAAGAGAACGGUCUCACGAGGAACAUGAACAAUUUGCCAUUAUCACCAGAGUUUAUCCAAGGCAAAGACUACACUGAGGACUCAUCACAUUAUUCACAAUUCAACGAGAGUGUAAUUCAACAUUCCGAACCUUUCAUGGAUGAUAAGUUUACAUACGGAAGGCAAGAAAAUCACCACCAAAGCAACAUAAGCAGCUGUUCAUCCUCAAGAGGAAUGUCCCCUACCACCAGCAGGAACAGCGCAACACAAGAAAACACAAACGAGAGCAACAUAAACAAUUGGCCACACUCAAGAGGGUUUGUACAUUUCACCAACAGCAACAACAGUGCCACCGUGUUGAAUAAUAUGCACACGGAAAAUAUACAUGAGAGACAUAGCACCACUGAGUCCAUAUUCACAGACGAUGAAGCAGACGACGCAUCAGAAGAGGAAGAGGAAGAUAUAUUUGAAAGAGAGCUUGUGGCACAACAAAAGGUAAUAGCAGAAAUAUUGUCCAGAAGGGCCGUGGCAGCACUUGCGGAAAGGAAAAGAAGAAAAGCACAGGCAGCUUUAUUGGCAAGGGAGGCGGUUGCGGCCACUGAGGCAAGGAAAGCAAGAAAAGCACAGGCAGCUCUAUUGGCAAAGGAGGCUGUAGCAACCACUGAGGCAAGGAAAGCAAGAAAAGCACAGGCAGCUCUAUUGGCAAAGGAGGCUGUAGCGAACACUGAGGCAAGGAAAGCGAGAAAAGCACAGGCAGCUCUAUUGGCAAAGGAGGCGGUUGCGGCCACUGAGGCAAGGAAAGCAAGAAAAGCACAGGCAGCUCUAUUGGCAAAGGAGGCUGUUGCGAACACUGAGGAAAGGAAAGCAAGAAAAGCACAGGCAGCUCUAUUGGCAAAGGAGGCUGUUGCAACCACUGAGGCAAGGAAGGAAAGGAAGGCAAAGGCAGCUCUAUUGGCAAAGGAGGCUGUUGCGAACACUGAGGCAAGGAAGGAAAGGAAGGUAAAGGCAGCGGUAUUGGCUAAAGAAGCCAAGGUCGUGCGUGAUGCUAAAGUCACUAUGGUAGCGAAGGCGGCUCUACUGGCAAGAGAAGCCGUGGCGUCCAAAGAGGCUAUGGCAGUAAAGGCGACUGCAUUGGCAAAUAUCAAGGAAGAAAUGGUAGUAGGCUCCAAGAAGAGAAGAAAAAGAGGCAUGCGAGAACAAGCAGAGACAACACAAGAAAAAGACAGCAGUGUUACGGAAAAAAUACCUGAACGUACUAGGAAGAUCAGAAGGAAAUUGGUGCAAGAGCCAACUAUUGGGAAAAAAGCCAAAGUGGAGGAAGUAGCCAAAGUCGAGGAAGAACCAAAGGUCAUAUUAGAAACCAAAUGCAAUGUCGAGCGAACAGAAUCUGAUUUGAAAACAAAUGUGAAUGUAGACACCUCAGUGAAAUUACCUAAGAAAAGGGUCCAUAGCAAAAUGACCAAUACACCAGAGGACAAUAACGAUUGGGUCGUAUUCAAGAAAAGGCGAACAGGUGAAGUGGACGAAAUGGAACUUUCAGAAAACACAAAUGGAGUUAAGAAUGAAACUGACGAGGCUAAGGAAACUGACGAAAGUAAGGACAGUAACAAAAAUAACGGAACUAAAGAAAAGAACACUGCAUUAGACACCAACAUUCAGACAAAUGGUAAAACACCUAAUAUCCCGAAAAAAGAAAUAGCCGAAGCGGAUGAAAAUUGUGCUAAAAAUGAAGAUGUGAAGAGCAAAAAAUUAACUUGUCCCAGGCGCGCAACCAGGUAUUCGACCAUAACCACAAGACAUGUGGGACAUUUUAAUUUAAGUAUAAAUAGAAAGCUAAUAAAAAAAAGAAACAUAGCAAAUAAAAAAAAAAAAAUCAAAAAAAGAAUUACGAAAAAUGAACGAAACACUAAAAGAGUACACAGGAAAGAAAAAAAGGCCAAGUUACAUCCGUUGCCCCAGACAUAA